CUGCCUAAUAAUUUGAUAACAUACAAUUAAUAAAUAAGUUUGCACAUGGGAUUUGUGCACAACCAUGGUUAAAUUGAUAAAAUCUUAUCAAAUAGUAAAACACUUUAUUGUAAACAAUUAUUGGGUGUGAACUAAAGCAGCUAAAAUGCCGAAUUGUCCUAGAUGCGGAAAAACCGUUUAUUUUGCCGAAAGGAAAACUUCCUUGGGCAAGGACUGGCACUCGGCCUGUCUUCGAUGCGAAAAAUGCAACAAAACCCUAACUCCAGGUUCGCACUCUGAACACGACGGCAAACCCUACUGCAACCAACCCUGUUAUGCGGCCCUGUUCGGCCCUGGCGGGUUCGGGCGAGGCGGCGCAGAGAGCUACGUCUACAAGAAGUAGAAGGAUUAUUUCUUAAUUAAUUGAUGCCUAUAUGUUAAGUUGACAUUUGACAAAGUAUUAAUAUAAGUGUACCUAUACGUGUUUGCAUUCCAUAUUCCAGUUUAAUAAUAUAUAAAGUAUUAUGUUAUAAAGUUGUG